AUGUCUGAAGGCUUAGAGGGGGACAAAUUAGAUGAGGAGAAAUUACUUCAGAAUGAAAAGUCUGAUGUAUUAAGUUCUUGGUGUUACCAUCGUAUUCAGGAGGAUGAAAAAGCUGAAUGUGUGGAUGAAGAUAUGGUUUUGCAUUUGGCUUCUCUCGAGCAAGACAGGGAGGGAUAUGUUCUCAUGCUUGGAGAACCAUGGGGCCUAGUUCAGACUACGCAGAUUUGA